AUGGCCGCGUCUCAACCAUCAUCCACGGUGCACCUGCAAGGAGAGGCAACGACGACAAAGCUGCAGAUGUCACAUACGCCGGAGCUUAGCAACAAGUGCAUGGCCCCGUCGACAGUUUCACCCUCGAAGUCGUCCGCCCCACAAGACGUGGUCGAGGACGGGCGACCUCUGUACCUGGGCAACCGCCGCCAGCAGGUGACGUCGGGUAUCUUCUUUCUGCUGCUCCUGGUCUCCUGGCUGGCCGUGGUCCUGACGCACGUUGGGAAGGACCACUCUGCCGACCCCGUGGUCCGGCCGCCGCCGAGUCACAUGAGUGACUAUCCUCUCCCACCGGACAGCGGGGCCCUAGCCUUCUCAGCGGUGGCUAACGAGACCGGAAGUGCGUCCGAGGCCAAGAAGAACCUGUGGUGCGCCUACAACGGCAGCGACUCCCGGUUCAAGUCGCACCAUUUGCCCCUGCAGCUGUGCUCGGCGGUGUUGCUCUGCUGUCUGACCUUGACGACACCGGCCGGGGAACCGUCGGCGAACAACCUUCGCUUUGCUGAAUUCCUCAAACUACAGGACACAAACGGGACCACGAGACCGAGCCUGAUGGUGGCCCUGGGUGGUCCACAACAGGAUCCCGGUGUGCUGCACUCGCUGGCGCAGCGUGACCAUGGCAACGCCUCCAAGAGGCUCGCCGAGCACGUGCUCCACUUCGUCGAGUUCAACCGGCUCGACGGGGUGCUCCUCUACGCACUGCACUGUGGACCGGAUGAGGUAGCUGUCUUCCAGGCACUGUACGAGCGCCUGGACUACCACGGCUACACCGUGGCCGUGACGUGUCCCGACGGCGAAGGUGGACCGAAGAUGUUCGCGGACGCUAAAAUUGGCCCAGUCGUCUUGAUACCGGCUUCAGCGAACGCCAGCAGGACCCAGUGUCCGCGGGGCCUUGCCCGACGCGUGCUGGAUGACGGCGAAAGCACGGCCGACGUGAUGCUGGGAAUCCGGCUAUCGGGCGUCCGAUACACGCUUCCCGCGGGUGGCGAAGCGAUCUCCCGGGAAGGAGCCGCCGCGUCGCUCGUAAGCAGCGCGGCCUACAGGGACGUCUGCCUCGCCAUCAAGGACCACGGCUGGUCGGGCUACGGCAGCCCGACGGGCGAGUGCGUCGUAGCUCACCGCAACCGCACCUGGAUGGCAGCGCUGACGCCUUGGGCUCUGGGCGUGCCCCACGUGGUGGAACGCUUCGCCAAGGCUGGCGUUGUCGUGCUCGACGUGGACGCCGACGACGCGAGCAGCGCGUGCGGCGCGCGGCCCUUCCCACUCACCGACGCGCUGCACAGGCUUCUCUAGCCCGGCUGCCCAAUCAGCGUCGUCAGGCGCUACGUUCAUCAUCAUCGAGCGCCACAGGAGCGCAGUGCAGACAACAGGAUUUUUCUAUUUCGCAUAGAGUCGCAGUAGCGUCAGUCCAGAUU